AAAAUGUUAAGCCUAGAAUAUAAUCUAAUACAAUGUUGCGAAUUGAGUCCUAUAUCACUCCUAUAAUUCUAAGCUAUGUAAAUAAGUAUAUUAAGAAUCUAAAAGCUGAAGAUUCUCAGAGUGCAUCUUGAAGCUGCGUGAUGGCGGGCUGGAGAGCUCUGAGUGCAGCAGCAGCGCGCACAGCGAGAGUUUUGAUGCCGAGGCUGCGCCCGCCUCUCCUGAACCUGCCACCAGGAAGAAGUCUCGCAAACAGGAAGUGGAGGCCCCGACAAGCUACAUUCAGAGUUUGAUAGGCCGCAUCAUCAACAACGUGAACGUGGUGUGCAAUAAUGUUAUUCUUAAGUAUGUUGAGGACGACAUCGUUCUCUCCGUCAACGUUAAGACCUUCGAAAUGAAGACUGUGAAUGGUCGCUGGCAACCCACGUUUGUUGACCUCAGCUCAGAGGGCUACGCCUUGCGGCGACAGGGCACGCUGACCGACCUCACCGUCUGCCUAGACAAGCGCAAUGCGUCUGGGAAGAUCGAUAACUAUCAGGAACCUCUGUUGUACCGAUGCUCGAUGUCCCUGCGCAUCGUGCAGCAAUACUCUGCCUCAGGCUCGUCAAACGUCCCUCAGAGCUGCACGUAUCACCUCUACUCGCCGCUGCUGCACUUCUCCCUCUCCGACACUCAGCUGCCCAUGUUUGCGCGGCUCGUGAGUCUUGCUUUGGCUCUGUCCAACGGAGACCUGGGCGCUAGAGACGCUCCGAGGGACUGCGACACCAGAAUGCAGCACCCCCGCCAGCAAGAGAACCUAAGAACGAAAGACCCCCCAGCGAUCACACUCCCUGUUUCGAGUACCGCCCCUCUGGGGGGAGGAGUGGGUGUAGGGACCGACCCCCGCAAUGCACCUCCUGGGGAGGAUGAAGGGGAAGACUCUUGGUCGUCCUGGGCGUGGUCUCUGGGCUCAGCGCUGCUCCCCAUCUACUGGGAGGAGGUUGAUGACCUCGAGGACGGGGAAGCUUCUACAAGAACUGAGCAGGAGGCGCACCUGCUGCACAAGAUGAAGAGGACUCUUGAGUUCGGACUUUAUGUUGAAACUGCCUCGUGGGUAUUUAAGGCAACAGAGUCGAGCCAAGACGUUGGCUACUUCGGCCCUACACGCAUGCGUUUCCGUCCGUUCCUGCGUGCCGUGCAGCGCGGCAGUUUCGUGACCGUGAAGCUGCGCGGCGUGUCUGACUCGCACGCUCAGCUCGCCAUAUCGGAGAUGGUUGUCGAACCGUUGGGUGACACUUGUAUGUGCGGCAUCACAGAGAAUUUCAACACUGAAGAUGAAGAGAGUUUAUCUCGUGAAGCUUCCCCAGCUCCCGGAGCGCCAAGCGAAGCCUCGGGCAGUGGGGCAGGGUGGCGGGAGUCUGACUCUUCCCCUCAAUACCUGGCGUGUGGGGAAUACAGUGAGGGUUACCUGGAAGGCUCCCUAUUUGUUGACGAAAUGCCAAAGAAUGAAGAGGAAGAUCGCAAGGAUGAUGCCGUCGAACGUGAGUCGUUGUCAAGAGGGGCGGCGGUUACCCUGGACUUCAAGUAUCACUUACAAGUGCCUGAGGAAAUCUCUGCUGAACACCUGGCUCGCUUAUUUGCUAAUCUAGAAUACAGUGAUUUAGCGGAGCAGAGCGCGUGCCGCGUCACCGUGGGCGAGUGUUCCGUCAACUGCUGCUCGGGCGCCCACCACCGCGUCUCUGCUGUGCUUGACGCCCUCGCCGCAUACGACUACGCGCCUUACUGCACCACCGCCCUCAAUGGCUCGGCAGCAGCACACGAGCAGCCUAGUGAACAUGACGUGGCCAUGGCGACGUCAGCAUCCCUGCCUACAGUCGUGCUGACGCUCAGCAUACGUGCCCCCAAGCUGCUGCUGCAUGCUGCGCAGCACCCUCAUGCUUACCGUCCUGUCCACCUGCUGAGCAGAAGGAAAAAGCGAAGUAUCGCUGCGGUGGAGGAGGAGGAGGGCGUGGUGCUGGUGGUGGGGGCACAGCGUGUGGAGGUGGAGUGGCAGCAGCCGAUGUACACACGACGUGUCGCCCUUACGGCCGCCAGUGUUGCGUCAGGCGUCCUGACGGUCGGACAGCAGAAGCGUGACGCCGUCAUGCGCGCCGCCCGCUCCUCCCUCAGCGUCAAAGUGGCUCAGUGCAGCGCGUGGCUAGUGGAUACAGAGGACGGUGGCUGCGUCUGCGUGCUGCAGGAUUUUAAGCCAACUCUGCAGCUCUGCAAGCUGCUGCUGCCUGAGCUGCAUGCCGCCUCUGCUGUUCAGCUCAAGCGCUGCUCCUUCUCAGGCGGCGCCGUGGUCGGCUGCAACGCUGCGCAGCUGCUGCUGUUCACGCGCCUGGCGUCCUCGUGGCUGACCGCGCCCCACCGCCACGCUGACACCGUCGUCAGGGACGCCAUCCACCAAAAAAGUCCGGUGUUCUGCGUGCGGAUGAAGCAGCUGAUGGUUGAUGUCGCUGGCAGCGCCCAGUCUUGCAGCGCGGUGCUCUCGCUUGAAGCUGCUUCAGUGUGCCUCAGGGAGGCGUCGAAGGUGGUGCGUGCUGCUCCUGCUCCCGCUGACACUCCUGAGUCUGUCUCCGCCGAGGAAACUAAAAUAGCCAGCGGCAUUUCAAAGAAGACUUCAAGUUCUCACAAGCGCCUUUUGGAAUUGGCAAAAGUUGUUCACGGAACGGGCGAUCACAUUGAUGGAAAAGUUAUAUGCCUCUUGCUUGCAGGGCCUGAGAAUCGUGGAGGCCUUGAGGUUUUGCUACCGCAAAAUGAAAGUUCCAGUGACCAUCUCGUACGUCUCUCUGUGCAUUGGCCCUAUAAUUUAGAGGAUGAAACAUCUUGUCUCAUUUUUACAUUAGGUAUCCAGAAGACCUCUGUCUUAUUGGACUCAAAACUUAUGGAUUUCCUGUCGUACUGUCCUCGCAAAACUCCGUCCCGCCGAUCCUACGAACGAAUUCUUAGCAAACGCGUCUCUGAAGUUCGGAGCAACCGCCACACUUCGGGCGGCUCUGCCUCUGAGACCGGCACGACGCGGCGGGAUUCUUCUACCACUUCCGAGGUGCAGACGAGCAAAGCUGCCCAGUCUCUCAUCUCACGCCCUCCUCAAACCUCCAACCAUUUAUCCGCUAACGGGGAACCCACAUCGUGGAAACAUAGCGUUUCUAAAUAUUGUUCCGUGUUGCAGCGUCUGUUGUUGCAUGUAGACCUCCAAUCCUGCACCGUCUUCCUUCCCGGGUGCUCACUACAGGUGUGCUGCGAGAGCGGACUGAGCACCGCGAUACACAGGACGUAUCUCACCCGCCAUGAGCGCCCUUGUCUCGCUGACACGCUUGUCUUCGUCUUGCCUCACGUCGUCCUCCGUAACGCGGCCGUCAGAACCAACCUCGUCAAUACCAUCACUCAACUGCCUAUUACCCUGCCCCCUGACUGCACGGCACCUGGCUUCAGAGCCGUGCCCUGGUCUGCCAGUCUGCGGGAGUUCAGCACGUACAGCCUGCAGGCGGCAGGCGCUCACGUCCGCCUGCCUAUCCUCAAGAACGUCCACACCACCGCCACCAUCUCCAUCGUCACCAAGCACAAUAAACCUGAGUCUAAGAGCAGGGACUCCAAGUCCACUAGAAUGGACGGUGAAAACGCUGCAACUGGCGCACCGAAACAAGAAGGUUCGGCGUCUGCCCAGGAUGCUGCGAAGACCGACGACCUGCCGGCGACGAGUAACAGCAUCGUCGUGCACGCGGACAUGUCUCCAGUGCGCGUCUGUGGGUCGCGCAGGCAGGUCGUCUCGCACGUCGCUCUUGUGGAAUCUUUCCUGCGAUCACUGGUCCUCUUGCGUGAUAAUUACCUCAAUUACUCGACAAGCGAUACAUCUCCCACUACAGCUGGCGCUGUGUCUACGUCGGCAGCUGUGACGUCUACCGCAGCUGUAGGAGUAAAAAGCGAUGUAAACGAGCCCGUCAAAGCAGAAACUUCCCCUGGUCUUUCUGCUUGGAUGCAGUGGACGGUAGCGAAGGUCUCAGCCACUCUUUAUGCUGAACAGAAGCAACUUCUACAGCACGAGAAAAUUUUCCAAGACGGUGCACCUUUAAAGCCUGGUGCUUCCUCACCUUCCAAAAUUCAACUUCUAAGUAGUUCUACAGCACCUGACCACACGGCUGCUCCAAGUUUGCCAAAAGUCACACAACAAAGCCCGCGCAGGUUCGAAGAGCCCGGAAUCUCGAGCCAACGCGUCAGCGCGGACGAAAGAAAACAAGAGACGCGCCUGCAAGCCGAGCUCGAGGACCUGACGAUGGCCAUAGACCUGCAGCAGGUCUACACUAAGAUCAAGUGUAGAGUAACGGCUUUCAAUGUUCUACACUCUGAACUAGUUAACAACGUCUGGGUGCCUGGAAGCAACAGCGGGAUUGUGAUAGCAGCUCAUCCAAAUGAGUCCAUCCGUCAGGAUAUCCCGAUUUUCUGUCAAGUGAAGAAGACCUCCUCCGAGUCCCACGACUCUAACAACUCCGUAGGGGGCGACGAAGGCGAUGCAGGCGAGAUACGCAGCAGCGGGCAGCCACCACUGGCGCCCGUGAAGCAACACCACGGAUUCUUAUCCUUCACACUUACGUCGGCGGUCUGCAAAAACGUUCAUGGCAAGUGGAACCAACUGCUCAGCAGAGAACAUCAGGCUGAGAGAGUACAAGGCGAGUCCACAAACAACACACUCACUGAAGUGGACGUGAGAAUACAGCCUCUGGAUGUCAUCUUUGAGCCAGACACUCUGAAGCCCUUCAUCCGCGUCUACGAGCCUUGGCUCCAUCUCAAACUUCCCGCCACUUUAUUCACUGACGCCGAGACUUCAUCUCACGAUCCUGAUAUUCACGAAGAGGCUGAAGAUUUGAAUGGUCGACCCACCGAAAACACUCGCGCGCGCGCCCCAACCGACGCCGAAUUAUUACACAAGGAACCUAUGGGUAUGAGCAUCAACAACCGCACUCUGCCGCUCCUGUACGUGCACGUUGAAGGCAUGAGAUUGUUUUUACCGAGUUGUGUUGUCGAUACUUCCUUGACAUGUGGACACGACCUCGUCGUCCUCCAGUUCUCGUCGCUGCUCAUCACGCCUCAGGUUGAGAACCCGGUGGAGCGCAUCAUCGUGCGGAGGGACAUGUGGAAGUUAGCGGAGCAAGCUAAAAUUUUGACGUUGCCGGGCUCUGUGCUGGAGGACCGCCAGUACCAAGUCGACCUCACCGCCAUCGCCGUGUCUUCCGGCCGUUGGUGCGACGUCCUAUCGAGGGAUGACCAGAGUCGCCCUCGGUCGUGUUCUGGCGACCAAGUCCUGCUGAUGGGGGAGAACCCGGCUUUGGCGUGGAACAACUACAACCCCAGAGAGAAACCUCCCAGCACCGGCAUGCCACCCCUCCAGCCCAUCGUCGAGAGAUUUGCGCUGCGCUUGAUUUUUGCUCCAGCGGCUGUGUAUGAAGGGGAGUGGCUGCUGAACAAACCUGGACCUCCUGACGCCUCGGAGCGACUGUCACGGCAAUCAAAGAAUAAAAAAGAAGAAAUGCGGCGAAAGAAAAGCAAGCCAUCACCUACUGAUCCUAAGAGACGCCCGAGCGAAACAAACGCCCAAGGAACAAAUUCAUUGGAAUCAGGAUUUUCUGUGCAGCCUAAGUCUCUUAGUUUUUGUCUGCUUCAGCAAAAACAGCGUUACGGCCCAGACUGCUUACCAAGUGAACAAAUACAAACCAGUACCCAAGCUCUCGCAGCCGCUCAGCGCAGACUGCUGGUGGCUGGCCACUCGCUUGAAGUAAACGCCAUCACGCCUGUGAAAAUUUCGCUCAGCAUGCCUCAGCUCUGUCUUGUCACGAAUAUUGUACGGGAAACCACGGAACUUUUCUCUAUUUUUAAAAGUCCUAAAAUAUUGCCAGACUCAACAUCUGCGAGAGUUGUUGGCCUAGACGUUGCUGACAGUGGCGUUGAUUGUGACGCCUCCAGUCCUGACGUGAGAUUAUUAACAGCUGCUGACAAAACAAGCCCAACUAAAUCUGCGCCUGGGUCUCUCACGCAAAAGAAACUCGCCAUAAAUACUACAAGAACCAGCGUCCAAUUCCCAUCCAUUGAAGAGAACAUUUCCCUCGCGGGAAGCAGUGGUCUUGAGACCAACGUCCCUCAGAAAGACUUGCUCGGUGUCCCUGUCCGCAUCACGUCCGCGGAGACAAGUAAACACACCGCCAGCUCCGUGGGGCCCAGCAGCAUUUCUAGUCUCUGCCAGAGUUUCAGUGCACGUCUGGCGGCUCUCGAGGGAACAUCGUGUGUGCCAGAUACUCUUGAGCUCGUCCCUUUCGAUGUUUUGCUCACUGGGUCGUACAUAAGCUGUUGUUUGUACGAUAAGAAACUUGAUGAACCUGGUGCUUCAUCGCUUAAGUCUUCAAAAAAGACACAUCGCAGCAAGCCUGACAGACGGUGGCGUCAAGCUGCCCACGAUGCCAAAGAAGUUCUGUCCACCGAGUCUGAGGCGUCACCCGUGCACGAGCCUUUAAAGCCUUCAGCCACCGACGCAGUGUCUGCUGCUGGCGCCCAGAAAGUGGACGUUCUUGCUGCUGCUGGUGAUACACAUGUCACCUACGAAUCAUGCCGGCAAAAUUCAUCUGUGCUCGGCUCUGGCGCGGCACGAAAUCCCUCGGAGCUCAUCAAAGUCCCGCAAGGUUCAAGCACCGAUCAUACUUGCCUGUCCUCAACAUCCGCCCCUUCCGUGUCCCUUACGCCUGCUGUGUCCACGCCGCCGUCUUUCGGGGAGCGGGAAGAUGGCUACGAAGGCUCUGAAGAAGGCAGCGUGUGCGGCAAGAAGACCAAGGCUUGCUCGACUCUUGCCAGCGACGGCGACACGGCAGGGCCGCGGCACCGCGUCCUGCCGCUCGUGUACGCGCUGGUGUCGCAGCCACACGCCCUCUUCAGCCUCUCCUCCACCCGGAACAAGCUCGAGCUGUCCUGCUAUGAUCUCGUGCUACGAGGCGCGCCCAUUGGCAACUCUUCUAAAGGAGGAAGCAUUGGGGAGGUCGGGACAGCUCAGGACCAUCCGACAAGUCUGCUGGAGACAAGGACAGGGUCGCCGCACCCCAAGACAGGCGUCCCGCCCGCUCUUUUCACCUUCUCCUGCCACGACUUCCUCACCAGGCCUGCAAAAAUUAAGGUUGACGUUGGGAAGCCAGUACGCGUGACCCUCAGUGACGACAAAUUCCAUGAGAUGUCUCGAGUGAUUGCGAUUCUUGGGAACAAAUUUUCGAGUUUGUUCCCUGCAACUCCAGAAGAAGUUCCUUGUGCAGUUGAGACAUCGACAAUAAAUACAGAGGAUCCAUCAGCUUUUGGAAUAUUGAGAGCGUCCUUGACACUCGUCGAUUCAAUCGCGUUUAGCUCCAGCGAAGUGGUUUUGGAGCUGAGCUUCAAGGAUGUCGAGAAUUCAGACGCGCCUUGGAGCAAAGUUGAACAGAGCUUUCAGAGACUUCAUGCCUCUGUGUCUGCCGUUAGAAAAAGGACUUCAUACAAUGUUUUGGACUCCCACACUUCUACAAAUAAAGCCCUUAACAAAGUUGAACAGAUAUCGGAAAUAAAUUUUUUGGCUAGCAUACAGGAUUUCGAAAUGCAAACGCGACACCACGGCCUGAACUGCAUUCCCUUGAUUAAGCCAUGGAGCUUUGGAACGUCAUUAAAGUACUCGUGGAUGCCAUGGUCUUCUAGUCCUUAUAUUGAAGCUACUCUUAAUUCAGAAACUCCACUCUUGAUCGACAUCGGUCCCGAGCAUUUGUUUUGUCUCUCUGAUGCGUCCCAGUACAUUUCAUCCAAGUUUUCGACAUCUGAGAAAGCUGAAAACAUGCCUUUGCCUAAAAACACUCGGGCUGUGCCCUGUGGUGACGGAUCAAUGGAUGUCAUCUACCAAGAUGACCUGCGCGCUGGCGUCUUCCAGUACUUCAAGAACUCGUCCAAUAAAGAGCCGAAGCCGUACCAGAUCCUCUUCGACAACGGCUCCGGCACGAUGACCUGGUGCUACCCGGAACCGCGGGCUCUCACUCGCGUGGACAUCUACCCCGUUCCCUUCGUGGCGGCAUCAGACGUGACCACAGCCACCACCGACAGCAGUUCCAACGACAAGGUUUCCUGCGCUCUGCAGUACUACGACUCGUUGCGAGCCGAGUUCCUCACGUACCGAGAAUUUGAACUCUCGGAGUGCGAGCCCUGCCAUCUAGAACUUCCGAGCCUCUAUGAGAAACAUCGUGUGGCGGUUGCUGCGACAUGGAGAAUUUACCUGGACUAUUGGGAGGAUGAUCGACAGGGUCCCGUCGGCCGAGUUUUAGUGCCAGCCACGGCCCUCGCUGCGUGUAUUCGAGUGGAUUCUGUGUUUUCUAUCCCGUUGUGUCCUCAGAAACAAUUUUAUUUCAGUUUGCAUACGUUGGAAAUUGGACUGCAAAACCAACGUUGCUUGGCCGGCAUGAAGCUUCCGCCUGAGCUUCAGAACUUUGACCUCGUAGAAGAACUCCCCGACGAGCACGAGUUUCUAACAAUCUAUUUUGAAGCGACAAAAAUUCAUGGGCAAGCCUGGAGCUCGAGCAUGUGUUGCAACGCGCGCUCGUGCAUCAGAAUGUCUGUGCUAGACUAUGGUUUCCUGACGAGCUGCUCCCUCAUGGAUGCCACGAACGUGCACGUCAAGGCCAUCACUCAUGAGAGUUUGAGUGACGACAAGCCGAACUGCGUCGACGUGCAGGUCUUCUGUAAACCGCUGCUGCUGCGCCUCAGUCAGUCCAUGCUCCUCACGCUCUCGCUCGCGCAACAGCUUUGGACCAGGAAUUUUACAGCCACCCAAGAUGUCCAGAAAGGUCCUGUGACCGAGCAGCACCGCCUCUCUCGCCGCCCUUUGUUCUGCCGCUACAUUCUGCGUAACGCCACCCAUCAGGGCCUCGUCCUGCGACAGGCAGACACUCAGGAAGGCCUCGCGCUGCAGGCUGGCAAAGCCCUCACCUACAGCUGGAGGAGUCACCUCAAGCCCCUCCUCUUGAGGGUGUGUCGGGACGGUGGCCGGUACAAGUGGUCCAAGCCUUUCUCUAUCGAUAAAGAAGGAUCGUUCGUGACUUGCAACAACAGCGCCUUGUCGUCGGCUGCCUCUUCGAGCAGCGCACAGAACGUGCAGGUCGUGGUGACCGUCAGUAAGCCGAGGGAUGAACAUUACCUCCUCGUGACGUUCUCCAGUCUCCUCACCAUUGCCAACUGCACUCGUGAUCCGCUUGACGUGAAGUUCGUCACCGCCGAGCCAACCUUCAACAGAUCACAAGAAAACUGCUACACUGUCAAGCCGCACUCAAACAUGGAGUCGGCGGCCACAGAAGUGCAGAGCGUGCGUUUCCGUGUGGGCGGCGGCCAGUCCGUGUCACUGCCAUCACCAGGCUCCCCGUCAUGGUCUGACGCCGUGCCCGUGCGGUCUGAAGGCGUCGUCGCCUUCAGAGACAACGUCUUGAUCAAGCUGCCCUCCAGGAUAAAGGGCGAAAGUUCACUGGUAUUCUGCCGCGUGCUGCGCCAGCGCGUAGGGAGCGUAUGGCGGUCCCUGCUGGUGGUGAGUCCCCAGUUUGUGGUGCGCUCCCACUUGCCACGCUCCCUCAUACUGCACGUCGCUACUCCCGCCACCCGCCAGUCCCAACAGCUGACCGUGCCUGGCUGUGGAGAGUGGCAGUGCCUCAGAGGCUGCGAGGCUUCCGUCUCUCAUCAUCUCACAUUUCAGCUCAGGCCUGAACUGCCUCUAUCCAGCCCUCCAAUUCCGCUCCAUAAGACCAUGACUGAACAGAUGCGCUUGCAGGUGGCCGGCGACGCGGUGGACUUGACUGAAAUAAUUGAAGAGCUUCACGACAGCCCCGCCCGACGCUGGCCCUACAUUGGGGAGUCUGUGGGGCAGCGCGGAGCUCUGCACUGUACUUACCAGCCUAAGAUUGACUUGCAGAUCGGUUUCACGAGCCUCCACCCUCAGCUUGGCACCAUCGUUGUAGACGUCCGUCCAUGGGCUCUCGUAGUGAACCAAACAUCGUCGGACGUGUUCCUGCAGGACGGAGACGCACCGAGUCCUCCUGUCAGUGUAUCCAAAGAGACUCCAGCUGCUGCCGUCGAGGAUGCAUUGCCUGAAAAUUCUACACCUGUAAAUUCAUGGACAAUUCCCAACAAUAGCGUUUUUGCACCGCCGAAGUUGGAAGGGACUUUCAGAUUUGGCGUGAUGGAGGAUGGCUCGCCAUUCACAUCAAAUUUGCUGCAAAUUGCUAAAGAGGACCGAUGGUACAGCCUGAAAUUCGAAGGAUGUUUGCCGCGUAGUGGGUCGUCGUGCAUCACAAUCCAUACGUCUCGCAGCAGUUUCUUCAUUACACUCCAAACCUUUUUUGAGGAAAAUAUUCAGAUUAUACGCCUCUUGCCCACGUAUACAAUUGCAAACAACACUUGUGACGUAAUGACGCUGCGUCCCAUGAGCAUCGUUAUGCCGAGCUCAAAAAUACGGUCCCAAGUCAACGUCGAGGCUGGGAAGUCGCAUGAUCUCGGGAAAUACAAGUCUGGCUUUUGUGUUACCGAAGUACCUCUCUUGUCAUGGUCUUUGCAUGAUCCUGACCCUCCUAAAAAAAGGUCGAUCUUCAGUAAAGCCAUUGCAGGCGGAGUUGUCGAGGCCGAGAUCGUACCUUACUUACAAAUAUGCAGUCCCAUGGGUUCUUGUGAACCUCUUUGUAUAGCAGAACCUUCAUCGAAUGACGUGAGAGAUCAAAGAUUAAGUUUCUCUCUACCAGCUUCGCUUAGAUUGAAAGACAACGAAAAAACUAGCUUGACAAAUAACUUGUCUGUUGCUAGUCGUCUCAAUACGUGCAAUAUUCCAUAUCUGCUUACCGUGCAUCAGCAAGAUGGGCGAGUGAAGCUUGUCGUGCAGGAAGACUUCAAGCCGCAGCUCCUCGUCUACAAUAACACCAUGACGCCACUCAUAAUUGGUGAAGGUUCGAUUACCAGCCCUGGCGUAGUUGAAGCCCCGCAUCCUCCGUCUCUUGGUUUCCCUGAAUCGUUUGGACGAAACGUUGGCAGUGGCGAAUGCCUCGCCUUCACCUUCCGUAAUCGAAACAAAACUUUCUCUACGAUGGAUCAGAGCUCGGUGCAGCCACGACUGCAUUUCGCUCACACGGACACCUGUAUGGCUGGUGCCUUCGUGUGGAGUCACGGUGUGGACACGUACCAAAAGUAUGACCAGUUCGAGAACAUUCCCAGCAUUGGGGACGUGAAGGUUCACACUGAGCGCCUGGGCCCCGUCAUACACAUGUUCGUGGACACCGCCAGCAGAGUCGAAGUUUCCGCACGGGACAUCAGAAGCAGGAUUGCAACCCAAACUUCUGCUAACGCAAAACCAAGUGUUGAUGACGCUCAAAAUGAAGCUAGCAGUAACUUCCCUUCCUUCAUUGACGAAACUGCUGUAGCUUCCAAAAUCGCAGCUGUGAUACCAAACGCAGGCGAAACUCCACGAACAGAAAUUUUCAGUACUCAAAAACAUGCCAGCAUGGCGGAGAGAACCACCGUAUUUUAUUGCACAUUUUUUUGUUCUGAAGUUUCUUUCGUGUUGCAAGAUGACUUCAAACUGAGCCAAGAAUCUCGAGAAGUGGUUCGAGUGACAGCCGAUAACGUCGUUCUGAGCGUCAGACCAAAACUCGACAUGUCCGAAAGACUUCGAGCUCUUUAUUACCGAGUGCGAGAGCAGCUAGAACUUCGCUUCUUCGUUGGCAACUUGCAGAUCGAUAAUCAACUUCAUUCACAAGGGGAUUACGACUUCCCUGUCGUGAUGUUGUUUCAGGAUCGAUCGCCGCUAACAAAUUUCUCUCCAUUGACCCCAAUCGAAAGAAUAGCUCAGAUAGCUCACAACGAAGCAAGAUUCAUGCUCAUGGUUUUCGUGGAAAAAUCUUCCUGCCAUGGGCUAUCUUUCAAUUCUGUUGUAAUGAACAUAAAACCUGUCAAACUUUACGCCGAGGAUGUUUAUUUUUAUUCGCUACUCGAAAUCUUGCAGUCAUUUUCGAAUUCUUGCAAUGUCGCUCGUGAUUCCCCUAGAGUUUCGAUUCGUGCUGAUGAUCCUUUUGCAGAGCCCGUUACAGACGAGAUAAUGUCUCGCUCGCUUUCACUCUCCACUCCUCUCAAUAUUUUGAACCUGGAAAUACAAAGCAUUCAAGUUCAACUGAGCGUGCAUGCUUCGGUAAAGUUGUACAUCGCUCUGGACCAAACGCCUCUAGAAUUCAGCCCAUACCAACGCUCAGGGGUUGUCACGACGAGCUACAUCCUCGGACACAAUAUGGCUAAACACUACUUGUCAGGAGCGCUCGUCAGAGCCGGUUGGGUUGUUGGUUCUCUUGAGAUCCUCGGUAAUCCUGGAGGAUUUGCAAGGACAGUGGGCUCUGGCGUUAAGGAUUUCGUGCAGCUGCCGUAUGAAGGGAUCAUGCACGGCCCCUGGGCCUUCAUCACUGGCGUCACGCAUGGCUCACUAUCUUUGGUCAAGCAUUUCACGGCUGGAACGGUUGUGUCCUUGACAAACCUGGCAGGGAGCGUGGCCCGAAAUAUGGACAGGCUGAGUCUGGACAAAGACCAUCAGUCCCGCACCGAACACGACAGACGAGCACCUCGCCCUCAGGGCCUCCUGAACGGACUUGCGUUUGGACUCACCACUUUCGGAAUAUCACUUCUUGGUGGUAUAGGAGGGCUGGCGCAGCAGCCGCUCGAAGCUGUGAUGCAGGAGCAGUUCACAGCCUCAGGACUCGUGGGGGGCGUGGGCAGGGGCGUGCUGGGCGCCGUCACGAAGCCCAUCGGUGGGGCGGCCGACCUAUUCCUGCACACUGGGCAAGGGCUCCUCAAAGGCGCGGGCUGGCAGUUGGAGCAUCAGCCGCGCAGUGCGCCCAGGCCUUGCCUGCGCAGCGACGCCUGCAAUUCACGCGUCAAGUUCUUCUGCAAACUCGUGCCCUCCCACCCGCAGCAGUCGCGUCUCGUGCUCGCCUUGGUUGAUGCCACCAUCUGCGGGGCCAGCCUUGCCAACCAAGUGGCAGUCACCGUUGUUCUCACGCCUAAGAUUUUGUUCAUCUUGUGUGCUGGCGGAGACUCCCAGCUCCUCACGUUCCCCUUGUUAGAGACGCGUGUCUACACUCCGGCCGACCCCAUGCUCAUCACGCUGCGCAAGCUGCCCUCGGGACUGCCUCAACAAAUUGUCGAUCUACAGCAAUGUAUGAAGCGCGUGCAAGAGUACGUGGAAGGCAACGCCACGCACGAGUCGGCGGCUCAGCACGACGGGCUGCCGGAAAGCUCACUGCAAUUUCUUACUCUCCCCGCGGCCGCUUGCAUGUCGGACCGUGGCGGUGCAGCUGUCGCGUCCUGCCACGGCGACGCAUCAACCAGCACUGACCCUGCCGUCCAAGCAACUAGUGAUGAAGCUUUAAGCAAGUGCGACCCUGUAACCAAAGCCAAAGUUGACUGUGAUAAUGAACCUAGAAUCAUUCCCGGUGAUGGCGAUGAACCGCAGACGGAGGCAGAGGGCUGCUACAUGGUUGGAGUUGACGGUGAGAGCAUUACGUCUCCUGGGGAGCUCGGUAGAAGUCUGUGCGUGUCUCCAGCGCUUAGGGAUAGUUUGGUUGCAGCUAUCAAAUUAGCUCAAAGAAAACUAAGAAGUGAAGGAUUUUAGAUCAGUUUAUGGCCUUGUCAAUUUCGUUCUAUCAGCAAUAAAGGUAUUUAAUUGGGCAAUUUUUCAUAAUUUUCUUGAUUACUUGAUUAACAUCACAUAGUAUACCGUUAACACUUAUUUGCUACAAAGAAUAUUAUGUUUACAUUGCUAAUAAUUAAAUAUUUAUUUCAAGUUUUUCAGGCUUCAGUGAUGACGUCUCACGCGCAAGAAUAUGAUACAUGUUCUUUGAUGUACAAUUGCCUGUACUUUUCUAACUGCGGGUGAAGGUUGAAUAAUUAUUAGCUCAAAUGAUUUUAUAUUAUAUUAUAUAUAUAAGCACAACCAUUAUAUGCACAUCUGUGGCAUCUAUCUCGAAUAUAUCUGUUGUUGUUAGAGGAGUCGGCAAUAAGUGAGUAAAGAAUACUUGUACAUAUGAGUAUGCAAAACGUGAAAAUUUUGUUAUAAACAAGUACAAUUAUAGCAAAUUAUGGACUUUGUCUGCAUAUUGCACGUGGGAAAACUAUUCAACAGUUGUUAUCUAUGUAAUCUAGAGAUGCAAUUGUGCGAGCCAUUGUGCUUCUACUUAUCGACUACGGUGUUAUAAGGCACAAUGUUUUAUACGAGUGCAACGUCGUCUGCUUGCUGACACGUUUUUGCUAGUUAGAACUUCUGUUGAAUUAGGUUUUUAAUCUUUGUACUGCAGUAAAGAUUCAAAUCU